AUGUGGACACCCAUCGACAGAACAAGGUGGCUCCAUCAGCAAAAGCUGCUCCGAUCUCGGAUGACACCGAAAGGCGACUUGAUCAGGAAAGCAUCAACCAUCGGUGAGACCGCUUCCAAGAAGACCGAUCCAUUUGUUCAUCGGCAUAGCACUCAACAAAUUCUGCCGAUCGCCGAUGAUACCCCGAUCGCCGAAGCUGCCAAGGAGGGCAGUAAGUUUCUCACUUUUGAGAUGAACCCAGAUAACUGCAUCAUCACCAGGCAAAUCAUAGAGCACGCAGGGCUAUCAUCCAAAGUGGUUGUGGUGGAAGGGAAAUUCAACGAGCGACUUGACAUAGCCAAGAAGUUUCUGGAGGAGAUGAAUUCCCCCCAUUUUGAUUUAGUUUUCAAUGACCACUGGAAAGACCGCUAUAUGCCAGACUAUCUUCUGUUGAAGGAAAAUGCUAUUCUGGGCAAUGGCAGUAGAGUAUGUGCAGACAAUAUGGGGGCUAUCAUGGGACCUGCCGACUUCAGAAAAUAUGUCAAGACGCAUCCAGAAGAACUUGAGACGUCUAAAUUCAAGAGCAAUGCAGAGUACCUAUGGUGGUUCGCAGACAGCGUCACUGUUUCUACUUUUAAGCUACCCACUAAGUUGUAG